CUGCACGGGCUGCUACUCCUAUUUGCUGGUGCAAAAAAAGGAAUUCACCUGUUCUUCUUGGACCAGCUUACAGAGAACAAUGUAUGAAUGAGUUCUCGCCCAUUCUCUCCCCUAUAAGGCCUGCAAUUGUUCGCCGUCAAGUGUACUUCCCUGAUAGGCGCCUGAUCCAGUUUGACUGUGGGAAGUUGCAGGAGCUUGCUAUCUUGCUGAGACGUUUGAAGUCAGAAGGACACAGAGCCUUGAUAUUUACUCAGAUGACCAAGAUGCUUGAUACUUUGGAGGAAUUCAUUAAUUUGUAUGGCUAUACAUAUUUGAGGUUAGAUGGUUCUACCCAGCCAGAAGAGAGGCAGACACUAAUGCAGAGGUUCAAUACAAACCCGAAGUUUUUUCUUUUCAUUUUAUCCACUCGCAGUGGCGGUGUGGGAGUCAACCUAGUAGGUGCAGACACUGUUAUAUUCUAUGACAGUGACUGGAACCCUGCAAUGGAUCAACAAGCCCAAGACAGAUGCCACAGGAUAGGACAGACUCGUGAAGUUAACAUCUAUAGGCUGAUUAGUGAGAGCACUAUAGAGGAGAAUAUUCUCAAGAAAGCAAAUCAGAAGCGAACACUUGAUGAUUUAGUGAUACAACGCGGUUGUUACAAUACAGAGUUCUUCAAGAAGCUGGACCCUAUGGAAUUUUUUUCUGGGCACACACCUCUUAAUGUCGAAGAACAGCCGAGGGAUCGCUCUAUGACUGCUGUAUCCUCAAAUGAAACUGGUCUGGCGCUGUCAAAUGCAGAUGUUGAAGCAGCUAUUAGACAGGCAGAAGAUGAAGCUGACUAUAUGGCUCUCAAAAGGUUGGAGCAGGAAGAGGCUGCAGACAAUCAAGAAUUCAGUGAGGAGGUUGCUGGAAGGCUAGAGGAUGAUGAGCUUGUAAAUGAGGAGGAUACAAAACCUGAUGAUCACACCAGUGAAGAGCAUAAACAUCAAAGUUCUGAUGCGGAUAAGGAUAAAAAUGUUGGUUUACCUGUGAACCAAAUAAAUGAAGAAAAGGCUCUUACAUUGGCUGCAGGUGACGGAGAUAUGGAUAUGCUUGCUGAUGUUAAGCAAAUGGCUGCUGCAGCAGCUGCAGCAGGACAAGCGAGUUCAUCUUUUGAAAAUCACCUUCGGCCAAUAGAUAGAUAUGCAAUGAGGUUUUUGGAGCUCUGGGAUCCAAUAAUUGACAAAGCUGCUGUAAAUUAUCAGGUGAAUGUUGCAGAGGAAGAAUGGGAACUUGAACGCAUUGAAAAACUCAAAGAAGAUUUAGAAGCAGAAAUUGAUGAAGACCAGGAACCACUAUCUUAUGAGUCAUGGGAUGUUGAUUUUGCUACUACAGCGUAUCGCCAACAGGUUGAGGCUCUAGCUAAAAAACAGUUGUUGGAGGAACAGGAAAGGCAAGUUCUUGAAGCAGCCAAAGAGCUAGAGGAAAUGAAUGACAUGGCGAGCAGUCACCGCAAAAAGUCAAAGAAGAAGAAAAGGAAGGCAGGCAAGUUUAAGUCUUUAAAAAAAGGACGUGUGUCAUCUGACUCAGAGGCCAUGCACGAUGAAACGUCUGUAGAUACUAUGAGUAUUGAUGACAAUGCACCCUCGCCAGAGCUUAUGAGUGAUGAAUCACCACAUCAUGGUUCACAUAAGCGUAAAAAGAUGACACCUAGAAAUGAGGAAGUGAGCAGCAGUAGCAGAGCCCUGAAGAAGUUCAAGAAAGCCCCUAAAUCGAACUGUACUCCUGAGUCCUCAUCACAUAAGCACUCGCUCGAAGGCAAGCAACUCAAGUUGAUGGAUGAAGUGAAUGAUUCUGAUCCGAAGUCGGUGAGAAUUAAGAGUGAUGGCCGGAUUUCCAUGGCCUCCAUGCCAGCAAAACGUGUUAUGGUAAUUAAGCCUGAGAGGUUGAAGAAGAAGGGUCUUAUGUGGCCUCGAGAUUGUGCUUUAGAUUCAUGGACUACUGAGGAAGAUGCAGUUCUUUGUGGAACUGUACAUGAGUACGGUCCUGUUUGGGAACUGGCUAGUGACCUUCUUCAUUCCAUACCUGGUGGUGCAUGUUAUAGGGGAAGAUAUCGUCAUCCUGUACAUUGCUGUGAGAGAUUCCGAGAAUUAUUCUGCAAAUAUGUAUUGUCAGCUACUGACAAUGCAAACAGUGAGAAGGCUCCUUCUGGUGCCGGGAAGGCUGUCUUGAAAGUAUCUGAGGAUCAAACUCGGAUGUUGCUGAAUGUGAUCAGUGAAAUUCCUAACAACGAGUUGCUUCUCCAGAAACAUUUCAUGGCCAUACUUUCUUCUGUUUGGAGAUCAAAAUGUGCUCAUGAGUCCCGACGUGUUACAAGUGUUUGUUCUAGUGCAACCCAUAACCCUGUUAGAUUGAGUGAGAACUGGUCCAUGACAAACGACAAGCCAUCCUUUAAUCUGGUAAGGACAGCCCUCGCAGAUGCUCAGGCCCAAUGUCCAAGAGUGGCAAUACCAACAAGCAAUCAGGAACCUCGCCGGAGGCAUUUAGAUUUAGUAUUGGAUUUCCGGACAGAUCGACAUGCUUACCAGGCAGACUUUCCAUCUGUGGUGAAUGUGUCCAUUCUAGAACCAGAUCCUAUUAGACGCACUGUUGUGCCGGUGGAACAAUCACUGCUGUCUGGGCUUCCUCAUAGACAUGCUGAGAACAGAUUCAGGAUAGCAUCAGAAGCUUGUUUUGAAGGGGAAGGUUCUCACUGGGCAUCAUCUGUCCACAUGAAUGAUACUGCUCGACAUAAAUCUGGCUCAAAGUCCACAGGAAAGCACAAAGCAGCUUCAGAAUCGGGAAGACCACCGAAAUCGAAAAUUCAGAGGAUGGCUGAACCGCAGGACAUGCCGGCUUUGAAGUUUGAUUUUCUCCGAUCCCCCCGGCAACUGUUGACAAGUGCAGCUGAGUUCCCCAUCACACAGUCACUAUCCGACUUUGGCAUUGAUGAUUCUGAGUUGACCUACAUGGAGGAUCUAACUCUAGAAGAGACUGACACUGAGUUUGCCCCAUACCAGUAUGACCAAGUUUCCCUUGCUGGUAUUGAGGAGUUGGAUCCUCUCGUGGAUUUGACAGACAUCGGAUGAGAAUAAAUGGACAUUUUGGUCUAGAUAGCAUGCAUGCCCUUCUAUCAAGAGCAGAGAAGAUUUUGUCUCUGGCAGGGAGCCCAAGGAUAUCUGGUCGAGUUGCUCAGCCAUGCAUGGUUUUGGUUGCAAGCUUGGUCAUGAUUGGCGGGAGCGGUGCUGUCGGCGAGGCCACGUGGGUCCUGAUGAGUUUGGAGCAUGGGGGUUUGCUGCUGCACUAAUGGAGGCAUUGGGGGUACUCUCUAUACAUGUAUGUAUAUUGUUAGUCUAGGAUCCUAGGAUGUAGAAGUGAGUCUCCCUCCCUCCCCCAUCUGUGUGGAGAGAUCGAUCUUGUAACUUCACCAUACAUGUAAAUUUUGCUUAGCAGAUGCCAGCAGGGACGGAAAAGAGGAGGCCCAGCCCUGCCGUGAUUUCUUGAUUGUUGCUCCCUUGGCCGUUUAAUCUAUUCAUGUCAUUUUUCCUA